UAGCUGUUCUGGUUCAUUUGUUUGCCCGUUCCGUGAGACCGUUUCCUAGGACGCACACUGUACGAUCUAGAUCUGCUGGAGGCAACCGCAUCAUACGCGGUACGACCUACACUCCCGUACAAUGUGUACAAACCAAAGAACGGCAAAAACGACAACACACGUUGUGGGUAUGAAGGUAUGGACGGAAGAAUGUUGUAAAGACGGAACAUCCGCUCUCAAGAGCGUUUUAUACGCUGCACACUCUCAAGCUCUCGAUCAGUUGAGACGUAGCUGCAGACCGAGACGUUGUCUAGCUCUAUAAGAUAUGGGCAGCAGUGGGUCUGACAAAAGGAUUUGCGUUGGGAAUCCAACGUGCUGGCUGCUUCUAUUGCUCACAGCUUCGCUAAUUGUCAAUGUCGUGUUUGCUGUAUUUGGUUAUUUAGCAGUGAGGAAUCUGCAGAACAACGUUAGAGAUCUUCAGAAUGAUGUGGCUGAUGUGCAAGGACAUCUGACAGUAGCAAGUGAGGUGAAGGAACAGAUGAGUGAAAUAUUAUCACACAAUGCAGCAGACAGACAGAAGAGGUCAGGAUCAUUUCCUACUUCAUCAUCUCGACUAGCAGCUGAUGUUGGGACAAUGUUUAUAUCGGUAAUAAGAAGCAUGUGCAGACCAGAUGGAGCCGUCUGCAUCCCAGGUAAAGAUGGAUUGCCAGGAAGAGAUGGUUUGCCUGGUACAUCAGGUGUUCCUGGUAAAGCGGGUUCUGUGGGUUUACGUGGUCCACCUGGUAAGCCUGGAGCAAAGGGAAUGGGAUUACCUGGAAAGCAAGGUCCAAUAGGGAUACCUGGUGGGAAGGGAGAGAAAGGAGGCGAAGGAGUCAAAGGGAACAAAGGUGAACGAGGAUAUACUGGUUACAAGGGAGAAAGAGGAAUGAGAGGAGAAAAGGGCGAUGAUGGGAUACAAGGAGAGCAAGGAGAGAAAGGAGAAUCAAGAAAAUUGAAAUUGUUAUUACCAAAUCAGUGUAACACAGCAAAUCAUCAGGUCUUGUCUGACGUUUGGAGGAAAGCUUCAUUACCUUACACGGAGUAUCAUAGAGACGGAGAUGGAUUUGAGGGAUUUCAACCUGGAUGGCAUGUAUUUGCUGCUAGUAUUGGGGGACAAAUGACUGAAACAUGCCCACCAACACGUCAUUGUGGAGCUGUAGCACCAGGAUGGCUGAACGGGUCUCACCCAACUGUAAUUGGACAGACCAGUAAAGAAUCAGUUUGUUUUCAUUACAAAGACAAGUGCUGUUUUCGGCAGGUGACUGUUGACAUCACCAAUUGUGGACAAUUCUAUGUGUAUAAUUUGCCAAACGAACCUUAUGGUGGUAGCUUAGUUUAUUGCAGCAAUGCAUGAUAAGAAGGCAGCCAACUAUUGGCAAACAUGAUUACUAUAAAGAUAAUUAAUUAAAUGCUAGUAACUGAAUAUGUCAUUGCAUAAUGUUCUUUGUUCAAUAUGGAAAGUCAAGACCGUUUCUAACCAAAAUCUUGCAGUUGCUUUUUGCUUCCGUGGUUGGUCCCAGUUGUACAUGUGUUGCUAUUGCUGUUUUCCUUACACAACCACCUCAAAGGGGCAUCUCUAUACCAGCUAAUGCGUUCUCAAGAUUGUUGACUUUGACAGAUACCGAGACAUUAUAUAGCAACCUUGCUACAGCCCUACUUACAAACAUUAUAUAGCCACAGUAUGCCACUAGUUAAUAUUUGAAAUCAUUAUUUCUCAGACAUAAAUUCUGUAGUGUGUAAAUGCUGAAAAUAUCAUCAUGUUUAUACAAAAACUUAGUAACAUUGUAAAUCAUAACCCUAGGUUUGCACCAUACGUUACACUGUCGAUCC